UAGUUUCCGCCCGAGCAGCGUUUCCUGGUGCACCAGAACAAAAUGGCGAACCACCUUCGCUUCGUUGCCCGGACAGUGAUGGUUCAGGAUGGAAACGUCGACGCUGCAUAUAAAGCUCUUAAUAGAGUGUUAUCGCUGGACGGGAUCAUCGAAACCGUAAAGCGCAGGCGUUACUUCGAGAAGCCGUGCAGACAGAGACAGAGGGAGAACUACGAGAACUGCAAGAGGAUCUACAACAUGGAAAUGGCGCGCAAGAUCUCGUUCGUCUCCAGGACAAACAGGCAGGACCCUUGGCUGGGGUGUUGAUUGGCGCCGAAGACGGACAGAUCGGACAGUUCGUGUCGAGAGUGAAAAAAUGCUCUUGGCGGAAAAAGGAGAUGAUCGUGAUGCUUGUACAAGAUGAUCACACGAGAGUUUUCUUCCAUCAUGUUCCUGUUCAGUGUGGACUUUCUUUAUAUGCUUUUCCAUAAUUAUUAAACGUCUCUGUGAAACGAU